GUGUGGAUUGCUGUAAUAUUUAAAAUGUCAAAUGAGUGUUACGACGUACAAAUUUCAACGAAUAGAUACUUUUCCUUGGCUACGUUUUAAGUUUUUUUUUCCAUCUAUUAAACUAAUUAAUAACGUGAAAAGGUUAUAUGCAAGCCCUUUCGAAUGAUUUUGCUAUAAUCGUUAAUUUAAAAAACACGUAACACCAAAUAAGUACGUAUAUGUAUUAAUUAUUUUUUUGUAGCUAUCGAUACGGUUGAAGUACUAUCAUCGAGAAAAUGAUCGAUAAUACGAUCACACCUGUGAAAUGUAAUCACUCUGAACCAUCUUAUACAGAGUAAAUUAAUGGUCACCUGUCUGUAUAGGUCGAACCAGUCUAUGAAAACGUUCGAAAAGAAGAUAAUGCAGGAAAACUCGGUAUGUAUAUUCGAUUAUUUAAUUCUUCUUAAUUUUUAAGCAUUUCUUAACAUUUGAUAUUGUAAUUUCUAUGACUAAUAGAAUUACAUAAUUCAUUCUAACCUCAAUACGUAAAAAUCCAUUUCAUGAGCGUCAUUUAAACAGAUAACGUACGUACUAACGUUCACUCGUAUUCACUCGUAUUGACCAUAUCUUAUCAUAUUCUUAGUCUCUUAUUUUUUAUUUCAUAUAGUAAAAUUCUCAUAAAAUCUUUUCUGAUGCGAAGAAACAUAAUGAUCAUUGCAAUUUCUUUAUGCGUCACAUUCUUUUAUAAAGCUUUACGUAUUCUAUUCUGUGGUCAGUAUUAUCUACAAAUGUUUGUUAUAGUUACAGUUGAAAUAGAAGUGAACAGUAUUAAUAGGUUGGAUUUAUGUAAUGAAUUAAAAUUACAAACAAACAGGAUCGGUGAUCGUGGUGGAAAAGGUUGAAAGAAUUAAAAGAUUAAACAUGACAUCUCUUGGAAAACUAAUAUUCAUAGAUAUUCACUGUAGGAAUCCAAGAAUUUCAUCUUCCACUGAUUUGCAAAAGGAUUAUGUUGAAUCUUUGUCCUUUGCAUUUCAAAAUCUAUUUUAUAUGCCGUUUGAUAUUAUCGAAAACUAUGGCAAUAUGAUAUAUACUUUAGAUAUUAGUCAUAAUAAAUUUUGUAGUUUACACUUUUUAUCAGAAUUUGAAAAUUUAACAUCUCUCAAUCUGGAUUAUAAUAAUAUAGAUGAAUUUACUGUCUUCCCAUACAUGCCAAAACUUCAACUAUUAUGGUUAAAUCAUAAUAAGAUCGAUCACUUAUAUCCAUUUAUUAAGAAUCUCUAUGAGAGUAUGCCUAACCUAAAAUAUUUGAGUCUUAUGGGAAAUAAGGCUGCGCCUAGUUAUCUUAAUGGUGGAACGUUUUAUGACUAUUUACAGUAUAGAUUGUUUAUUAUAUCCUGGUUUCCACGCCUUGUACAUUUGGAUGACAGGACAAUAACUCCUGAACAAUGUCAAGAAGCUAAAAGACUGUAUAAGAGGCCAUUCUUAGAAAGUUUAUCUGAGAAUACUCCAUUACCAGAAUGUUUCAAGUAUUUGCAUAAAAAGUUAGCAAAUAUGUUUUCAAAACCAAUCUUGCCUAAUAAAUUACAAGGCACAAGAGGAACAAAUGUUAUUAUUUGAAACAUUUAUAAAUGAAAUGAAAGUAUAAGAGCAAUCAGAGAAUAUAUUUUUUUUAAAGACAGAAUAAGUAUGUAAAAGUCUUAGAGAUUUUUUAAACAAUAUAUAACUGCCUUAAAAUUAUUAUUAUAUUACUUAAUAAAUUUACUGGAGGAUUUAGGAUUUUACAGUACAUUAUGUAUAUUACUAUUUAUGAUACAUUACAGAAUUAGAAUUUUGUAUGGUACAGAUAUAAUUUAUAUAUUAACAAAACCUAAUGUACUAAUAGUAAUAUCUUACAUUAUUAAAAUAUUUUGUUAUUUGUUA